CAAUCAAUUGAACUCCUGCCAUCGCCGUCGAUGGAAGUGUGACUUGCUCGCGCGUUUUCACGAAUCGAUUCCCUCACUUGCACUGCAAGGUAAGGAGUGUUGGCACAUAUUGUCAGUUGUGACAUUGCGGGGUUCUCAAAUACCGACGACAGCCGUGGUGUGUUGGAAGAUAUUUGCCAAAAGCCUGAGAAUUGAGUAACAGUGUACCGGAAAAUCAGGUGAUCACGUCUCUACUCUUCAACAGCCAACCAAAUCAUCCCGUUUCUUCGCGCGGAAUAAUUGCACACAGGCAAAUCAGUUGCCGGGUGUCGACCGAGCGGACACAUCUCGCGAAUUCCCAGUGUGAUUUCGCCAGAGAGAGGAUAGCUGACCACACUUUCCACACAACUCAAAAGCUCUGGUUGCGUAGAAAUGCCGCCAAACGCCACAUCAACCACGUCGACGUGCACAGGAGUGCUCAAUGAGAAUGACGCGGAGACCGUCGAUGGAGGACUGCUGAACAACAUAGAAACCCUGAAGAAGGCCGAGAAGAGGAGACUCAAGCUGGUCUGGCGAAAUAUCAUUGCGUUUGGAUACCUGCAUCUUGCCGCCCUCUUCGGCGCCUAUCGGCUUUUCACAUCCGCCAAACUCUUCACAGUACUUUUCGCUUAUGUACUGUAUGUAAUAUCGGGCUUGGGAAUCACGGCCGGAGCGCACCGAUUGUGGGCACAUCGAUCCUACAAGGCGAAACUGCCGCUGCGCAUCCUGCUUGCCAUUUUCAACACGAUCGCUUUCCAAGAUUGCGCCAUGCAUUGGGCGCGUGAUCAUCGCGUUCACCACAAGUUCUCAGAGACGGACGCCGAUCCUCACAAUGCCACCAGGGGCUUCUUCUUCUCCCACGUCGGCUGGCUGCUGUGCCGAAAGCACCCCGACGUGAUCGCCAAGGGACGCCAGCUGGACAUCUCUGACCUCGAGGCCGAUCCUGUACUUCGCAUCCAGAAGAAGUAUUACAUGCUCGCCAUGCCCGUGAUGUGCUUCAUCCUUCCCACCAUCAUUCCGGUGAUGUUCUGGGGUGAAUCAUGGCUCAAUUCCUGGUUCUGCGCCACAAUGUUCCGGUACACGUUCGUCCUGAACGUCACAUGGCUCGUCAACAGCGCGGCUCACACUUGGGGCGGCAAACCCUAUGACAAGUACAUCAAUCCGUCUGAGAACAGAGGAGUGGCUAUGUUCGCCUUUGGCGAGGGCUGGCACAACUACCACCACGUCUUCCCCUGGGACUACAAGACCGCCGAGCUGGGCAACUACCGUCUCAACACCACCACGGCUUUCAUUGAUCUGUUCGCGAAGAUCGGCUGGGCGUACGAUCUCAAGACUGUGUCGUCGGACAUCAUUGAGAAGCGAGUGAAGAGGACCGGCGACGGCACCCACAAUCUGUGGGGCUGGGGUGACAAGGAUCAGGAUCAGGUGGAGAUCGACCAUGCGACCAUCAUGCACAGGAAGGAGGAAUAGGCUAUUUGAACUGUCAGCGGCGAUUCCGGUGAAGUGAACUCAUAUGAUCAAUCCUUCAGGAAUUACUAUCUACCAUUUAAAUACAAGCAAAAAUAUUUAUAAACUGAAUGUGGAAGGAUGUCAAGGCCAAAUCACAUGGUGGAUCUUUAUAGUUUCAAGAUAGUGUGAUGUGAAAUGAUCAUGAAGAGAGGGUGAGAGAAAGAUAGAGAGAGAAGGAGAGCAUGGGAGAUCAAUGAUGCUGCAAAUCAUACUGAUCUCACCUCACACUGUCACCAACUCUAUGCAACUGUGAAGGUUUUUUCAUUAAUUUAGUCAUAUAAGGCACUUUAUGUGUAGAAUUCCUUACGAGGACAAAAUGUGGAGGUGGAAAGUGGCAGAAAAAGGUACCCAAGAAUGGGUUGCCAAAGUGUUGAUUUCCCAGUGAGCCAUUGUUCUGCUGAGGAGAGAAGGAAGGUUUUCUGUGAGACAAAUAACUGGGAUAUUCAGUGGAUCAUUAUUGAAGAAAUACAAGAACCAUUUAAUAACAUUAUAUUCACUCUAUCUUCUAACAUUUUCCCAAUUCACUAAGAAUUUACCCUCACUUGUAUUUGAAUUUUGAACACUCAGGAAUUUCACUGAAACUAUUCGAGCUUUUUCAAUCUCGCACUUUUUCUACAACACGGAAGAAAAGUACUAAAUAUUUUUUACAAAAUAUAUGAAUCCUUAAUAAAAGAAAAGACCCCUAUCAAUAAUUUUCCACUAUAUUCCGCGAGGUAAUGGAAUAAAUUUAGCGAAGAGAGAAUUUUGCCAAAAUGAGCGGAGGAGGAGAGAUAUUACAGAGAAAGAAGAAAUAUUUAUAUGUAUGAAUGUAUAUAAAUGAUAAAUAAAUGUACGUACAGAUUUAUAUGUAUGUAGAGGAUGGAGAAAAGGGAUGUAAGGCGAUGUGUUUAGGAACUGAAGGCUGCGAAGAAGAGUAGGAUGAAAUAUUUUUUGAAUAAAAAAAAGUAAAGAAGGAAAUCAAGAAAAUAUUUUUAGCAAAAAUGGGGGGAAAAAAUAGAGAAAACAAAUUGGGUUUUGAGGAGGAGUUUUGGUGAGAGGCGAGACGGAAAUAAUUUUAUAUGAUAGGGAAAAUCAAUAAAAAUUGUAUUUCUUACGAAUGGCGAAACUUCAGAGAGGCAAAUUUCUUUUUUAUUACUUUAUCUCGUAAGAAAUUUUUUAUGCAUAGUUAGGCAAGUUGUAAUUGUUAGAGCAUGAGAGAAAUCUAUAUUUAAAGGAAAAAAAAAUCGGCAUACGACAAAAUUUUAUGAUAAAGAGAAAUUAUAUAAAGAAAUUUUCAUAGUGAAAAGAAAAAAAAUCAAUUAUUGACAAUUUUCUAUACACUUUUAUUCACUUUUUAAAGGCAAAAGAAUGGAGAAUUGUGAAUUUCGGGGUGAAAAGGUGAUUUUGUAUGGAAUGGAAAAUUCUUCAGAAUUUCGCAAAGUGUUUUCUUAUUCGAAAGUAAGAAAAAAAAUUGAUAAAGUGUGUUUAAUGGGGGAGAAAAGCAAGACGAGAGGAUUUUGGAAAUGCUCUAUAUUUUCUACUUAGAAUGAUAUUUUUCUCAUGAUUCAGAACCGAAUGUGUGGACGUUAAAAACAAUCCCAGUGGUGAAGUUGAGUUGUGUCAGUGUUUAGGGCUUAUAACUACUGAGAAAUAAACAGAAGAAAAAAAUAUUCCUUUUGUGAUAAAAUGAAAAUCAUUAGAGAAAUAAAAAGUUUUAUGAAAAAUCA